UGACACGAUUGUCUUAGUUUGCGUUCCACCCCCCACAGCCCUCAGUAAGAUAUCGAAAUAACUUACUACAUAUCGGAAUAGUUUUGCCCCCUCCCUUCGCUGCACUUGUUGAUAUUGAUUUAAUCAUUAACACGACAAAGUUUGUUUUCUCGAACAAUUUGUGCGCAACGACACCCUCCAUUUCCAUUCCAUCGAUACCGAGUUCCUUUCGUAGCAAAUGCUGACCCGAGAAGCUUUUUAAUCGCAAGGAUGGGCGCUGUACUGCAGACCAUUUCCGAUAAGUUCUGGGACGAGGACCUUUGGCUGCCGCAAAACAUGACGUGGAAGGACUUAGAGCCGGGCUUCAGAGAUCAGGUGUGGUACUCCAAUCCGAAGCAUCUCUAUCUCUCCGUUCCUUGCGCGUUUUUGAUAUUGACGCUGCGCUACUUCGCCGAGCGCUUCUGCCUGUCGGCGAUAGGCGCGCGGGUCGGAAUUAGGAAACGAAAAACCAAGGCUUUCCCUAACUUUCUGCUGGAAAAGACCUACUCGAUUUGUCAGGAGAUGAGCUACGUGGAGAUUCUAGGAUUGGCGAAGCAGUUGGACUGGACCGAGAGAAGAGUGGAACGGUGGCUGAGGGUACGCAACGGCCAGAGCAAGCCGUCCAGGUUGAAGAAAUUUUGCGAAAGCUCCUGGCUCUUUUGCUUCUACCUGAGCAUUUUCUCUUUCGGAUUGGAUGCCUUUUGGAAUAAGCCAUGGCUGUGGGAUAUAAAUCAGUGCUGGUUCGAAUAUCCCCGCCACAAUAUCGACGACGAAAUCUGGUGGUUCUACAUCAUCUCCACGUCGUUCUACCUGUCAUUAUUUAUUAGCCAAUUCUUCGACGUCAAACGAAAGGACUUUUGGCAAAUGUUCACCCACCACGUCACAACAAUCGCCUUGCUGACCUUCUGCUGGGUCCUCAACUUGCACAGGAUAGGCAUCCUAAUCUUGCUUCUUCACAUUUGCGCCGACAUCUUCCUGGAUGCGGCGAAAGUGGCACGCUACGCCGGAUACCAGAAGCUGUGCGACUGCAUCUUUGCCAUGUUCACCGUCGUUUGGAUCGUCACCAGGUUAUGCAUUUACCCGUUUUGGAUUAUUCGAAGCACGUUGACGAUGCCACUGACGGCCGGACCACCGUUUCCCGCUUACUUUGUGCUCAACGGUUGCUUGAUUGUGCUACUUAUGCUUCAUGUGUUUUGGACUUAUUUGAUACUAAAAAUCCUCGCGAACUGCCUCAAGGCUGGCCAAACGGGCGGCGAUAUCAGAUCGAGCAGUUCCGGUGACAGUGAAGAUUAA